AUGAAAAUGGCUACCGACGGCUUGCGAGUUGAUAAUCCACAAGAUACCAUAGAAGCACUCAGUCGGGAGGCUGAGAUGCUGAAGAAAAGACUUGAAGAUGAAAAACAAAAACUAAAAGACGUCGAUAUGUGCUCGGCCACAAAUACCAUAGAAAACACUGGUUUAAGUAACUUUGUUAUGAAGCAGAGGAAGAUGCUGAAAGGACAUCACGGAAAGGUGUUAUGCAUGAACUGGUCAACUGACAAACGUCGCAUAGUGAGCUCAUCACAGGAUGGUAAAAUGCUGGUAUGGGAUGCCUUUACAACAAAUAAGGAGCAUGCAGUUACUAUGCCAACCACAUGGGUUAUGGCAUGUUCCUUUGGUCCUUCAGGAGAGGUUGUAGCCUGUGGGGGUCUAGACAACAAGUGUACGGUUUACCCUGUGAGAGAAGAUGACCCUGCGUCUAAGAAGAAGGCUGUUGCUACACACACUAGCUAUCUCUCAUGUUGUACAUUUACAACCUCAGAUAAACAGAUUUUAACAGGAAGUGGUGACAGCACUUGUGCAUUGUGGGAUGUGGAGAGUGGUCAGCUGAUCCAGAGCUUCCAUGGUCACGCUGGAGAUGUUAUGAGUAUUGAUCUUUCACCUUCGGAAACUGGCAAUCUAUUUAUAUCAGGAGGCUGUGAUAAGGCUGCCAUGGUGUGGGACAUGAGGUCAGGAGAGUGUGUACAGAUGUUUGAAGGACAUGACUCGGACAUUAACAGCGUUCGCUUUUACCCAAGUGGAGAUGCAUUCGCAACAGGAUCCGAUGAUGCUACAUGUCGUCUUUUUGACCUUCGAGCGGAUCGUGAGGUGAACUGUUACAAGAAAGAUAGUCUAAUAAAUGGAUGUAACUCAGUCGACUUUUCAAUAAGUGGUCGGCUUCUAUUUGGCGGAUACAACGAUUACACUGUAAAUAUCUGGGAUGUAUUAAAAGGAAAUCGAGUGACAAUGUUGUAUGCACAUGAAAACAGAGUUAGCUGUCUUGGUGUCUCACCAGAUGGCACUGCUCUAUGUACUGGAAGCUGGGAUUACUCUUUAAAGAUUUGGGCAUAGGCAUUUCUCUCAUACAAGACAUGGUGAUGCGUCCUUGUUGAAUCUUCGGCAGGACCUAUCAGUUGGUCGUCACUCCUUACCCUGUAGCAGGAGAAACUAACAUACAGUCAUUGUCUUGUGACAGUCAUGUUGAUGGUAUUUAUGAGGGGGUACUGUAAUAUCUCUUUUAAUGUAUGUUAGUAUUGAAUUAAUUGAAGGAGGACACCAGGCUUGUACAAAUAUGCCGAUAGUUAUUUUUAUGUUAACUGGGUCAAUUUUUAUUUUGACCUCAUGAUCUGCAACCUUUCACCCCAUGACCUUUGACGUCUUUUGACUCCUCAUCCUUUAUGAGUCCUGACAAUACUUUUUUCCUUUGUAAAAUCGAAAAUUAGCUAACAUGCAAUAUCAAAUUAAGAUUGAUUAUUUGGUUUUGCUGU